CCGAAGAUAUGAUUUAUAUGAACUAGUGUUGUUCAACAAUUGUUGAGUAAAUUUGAAAAAUACAAUUGCUUACCUAGUAUCCUUUUUCGCUAUACUUUGGCUAUCGUAUAAAGUCUUGCGAUUCUAGUAGGUUGGUCAUAGUUACACCAUACCAUACUAGAGACUUGUAGUGCAAUUAAAAAUAAAAAGUAACAAUGAUCGCCAAACUUUGUGCAAUUUUGCUGUGUUGUUUUGCUUUAAUUUUAAAUACUAAAACAAUGGAAACAACAAGUAACAGCCAGAUAACCCAGGCACGGUUUUUCAUUCCCACAUCUGACAAAAGCUAUUUGAACGCCGUGGACAAUGUGAAGACGUUCAACAAACAAUCGACUGCUAUCAACAGCUCUCUGUCCAUGCCCGGUUAUGAUAAAUACCAAAAACAAGUAAGAAUCCGCUAUGGACUGGAAAAAAAAGCCCGGGACAUCAAAUGUAGUUUUUGCGUGAUAGCCAAAUCGAACGUGGGGUACAUGAGUUCCUUAUUGGAAAAUAUCAUAUCUGAAAAUCGUUUUGCUUAUGACGCGGACAGUUUACACAAAUUAAAAAAAAUCACACAGGAUACCACGAUGAUAGUUGAACUGUUGCUGGCCGAAAAUUUGGAAACGGGCAAGUGGCUUUGGAGUCAUUUUUUGAAAACGAUCGCCAUUGACAACUACGGCGGCUGUAAAAACGGUUUCAAAAGCGGCGAAGACCCAUUCGAAGGUGACCGUCUUCUGCAAACCGGCGUUUCGGACUUCAUCGACACUUGUAAACGCGAAAAAAACCUUCCGGAAACUGCUAUGGCACCGGAUUUCGUUUCGAACAACCCUAAGGGGCACGACCGUUUUUUAAAUGGUCUACGCGCUAUACCGCUUACAACCAAUCGCAAUCACAACCAGAUGUUAGCACUUUUGUAUUUGACACCGUUCUGGAACGAUCAGAGUGAAUUGUUGUCCCGGCAAAUAGCCCAUACCAAUGUGGAUUGGAACGUGGCUAAACAAAAACACCUGACCGAGGUGCCGGCGACCAGAACAUUUUUCGAAAACAACCGUUGGAUUUACACACCGUACGAACGGAUGGACCACCAGCUCUUGUUGGUCAGGAUUAUCGACGCCAGAUUGUAUUGUCACCUUGCGGUGGUGCUGCGCGUUUACGAGAAACAGCUAACAGCCGGACGCUUCGAACCGAGGACGCUGAGACAGACCAAAGACGCUAUCGCAGACGUGGUCCAAGACGUGUUACAGUUGACGGCGUUCAAAGACCAUUUCCUCGUGUCCGUCAUAUCGGAUCUCAAGACGAAAAGCGAUGCAAACAUUGAAGAAAUAAAAAAAAUGUCAACCGAAGUUAAGGCAAAAGCCAAUGAGGUGCUAAACAAACUGCACGGUUCCAGUGGAGUCGAUCGGCUCGGUUUAAACGUCAACCAAUUGCAGUCCAGCAACGAGUUGACCGCAUUAGUCAUUAAGAAUUUCAAAGACUAUAUGAACGAGUUGAAACGCAUCUGCUUGCCGUUCGAGUAUAGAUGGCUUUUGCAUUUCUUGGAUUUAGUUAAAUGGUCGUCGUGAAUGCAUAACGCAACGUUUGUGAAUCUAGUUUUAUCGAAAUAAAUAAAAUAUAUAAAAAAUAAUUGA